GCCAAACACAUCGGCGCAUCAACCACCCCUUCCGCUCAUCCUCUUCCCUCCCACCGAUUCGCCCGCUGGCUCGCCGCCCGCCCGUAGCCUGCGCCCGCUCGAGAUCUAGACCAGACGCCGCAGCCGCGGCCGCGGGCUGACAGGAUCUCUGUCCUCCCUACGCGGCGAACCGCUAGGACGGCGCCGAAGACGACGAGGGAGACGGGGUCAUGGAGGCGUCUUCCUGGGACGCCCUUCGCAAGCAGGCACGGAGGUUGGAAGCUCAGUUAGAUGACCAAAUGAUCGCAUACCGUAAAUUGGUUUCUAUGAAAUCAGAUGGUUCAGAGAAUGAUAUUGAGUCUGAUAUAGAAAGAUCACUGAAGCAGUUGCAGCAAGUAAAUUCGCAAAUGCAAACUUGGGUAUCAUCAGGAGGUUCUGAAGUUCUUUCUCAUACUCUGACUCGUCAUAUGGAGAUUUUGCAAGACCUUACUCAGGAAUUCUAUCGGCUUCGAUCAAGUCUCAGGGUGAAACAACAGCAUGCUUCUCUCCUUGACCUGAGAGAUUUUGACAGAGCAAAGUUUGAUGUUGAAGAGCCAUCAGACUCAGCUGAUCAAGCUCUUCUCAGGGAACAAGCUGCGAUUGGCAGGAGUACUGGACAGAUGGAUAACGUGAUAUCACAAGCUCAGGCAACACUAGGUUCUCUCAUGACUCAACGGUCAACAUUCGGCGGCAUCACUACAAAGAUAAGCAACGUCAGCAGCCGACUUCCAACAAUUAACCAUGUCCUCGCGUCUAUCAGAAGGAAGAAAUCCAUGGACACUAUCAUCCUUUCCCUUGUCGCAUCAGUCUGCGCGUUCCUCAUCUUCAUCUACUGGCUGUCGAAGUAGGUUUACCAAAGCAAAUGUAUUACGGUGUUGUAAGCUUGGGAUCACACUACCGGUACAGAUGAUCGUGAUUGGUGUUUGUACAAUAUUGGUUGAUUGAAUGCUAUUACGAUUCGGGAGUGCUGUAG